AUGGACACUCUAUCCCGCUCUCCCAGCAUCCUCCAUCUCGGCACCCAUGGAUUCAUCCAAGGCUCACUUAUCCGCGAAACAUUAACGCCAGCCCACACCCGAGAUGUUGAGAAAGCCUCAGACGUCUUUCUAGCUCGAUACUACGGCGGCGUGCGAUACGCGCUUCCGCCGCAGAAACGAUGGCGUCUGGCGCGCCCACUCCCGCCUGAUUAUGUAUAUGGCACCGAGACCAGCCCGGCGCAGUGCGAGGGUCCGGCUGUGCUCUGCCCUCAGGAGGACUCUGGGACCGAGGGUGCUAGUGAGGACUGCUUUCAGUGUAUUGUGUGGACGCCUGUGGGUGAGCCGCCGGAGGGAGGAUGGCCGGUUAUAUUUUAUAUUCAUGGAGGCUUUCUGCAGUUCGGUAGCCCGAAUGAUACCAACGUCGUUCGGCUUUUGGGCGAGACGGAUCUCAAGUGUGUGAUUGUCGCGCCUGUGUAUAGAGUCGCUGUGCUCGGGUUUUUGAGUUCUCUAGAGUUGGAGAAAGAUGCCGCGACAGUAAAUCAACCUUGUGGAAACCAGGGCUUUUGGGACCAGAGAAUGGCCCUCGAAUGGACUCGCGAGUAUGCUCAUUUUUUUGGCGGUAACGUGUUGAAUAUUACGGUGGCAGGGUACUCUGCAGGAUCCUACUCAGUUUUCCAUCAGCUCGCCCAUGAUUUAUAUUUACCCACAGACCAGAGUGUUAUCCGACAGGCGAUUAUGUUUUCCAACGGGCCCGGCGUCCAGCCUAAAUCUGCGGCCGGCGCGCAGGAGCAAUUCGACGAGCUUCUUACGGUGCUUGAUAUCCCUCUGGACACACCGCAUGCAGAGAAGCUAUCCAUCUUGAACAACAUCCCAGUGACAAAGCUGAUUGACGCAAGUCUGCGCGUCCAGCACCACCAAUACCGGCCGUGGAAUGACGGGCACUUCAUCUCCAAAGAACUGUUUUAUGACAUCGACAAUGGCGCCUUUGCGCAACGCAUGAUUGAGCGCGAUGUCCGGCUGAUGAACGGCGAGUGUCGCGACGAGCACUUUGUCUACGGCACCUGGCACACGCCGACCAACUCCCUCGCAGCACUACGCCAGCGCCUCGAAGCAGACUACCCGCCUGACGUCUGCGACGCGCUGGUCAACCUCUACUACCCGUCGGGCCAGCUUCCCCCCGACUGCACAGAUUGGCAAGACGCCUUUGGCCGGAUCUACGCUGACAUUCAGGUGCACAUGCUCGAACGGGGUUUCGCCAACGCGCUCUGCCGCGCCGGCGCCUCGCACCUGCUGUACCGCUAUCGUAUCGAAUACCGGGUCAAUUGCGUUGCGCUGCCGCCUGAAUGGGGCGUGACGCACUCGUCCGACUUGGCCAUGUGGCUCUGGGGUAAUGGGGCGAGGUUGGAGGAGCACGAGAAACUUAUUGUCAAGGCCGCGUUGAUUGAUCCGCUGGUACAGUUUGUGAAUCGCUCGGAUGUGCAGUGGACAGAUGGUGUACACAUACAGCGGGUAAGGAGGUUGAGGGAUGAUGGAGUGGUUGAUGUUUGGAUGGAUGAGAUGUGGGAGAAGGGGGUGAGGGUUUGGGAGAUGGUGAGGAGAUCGCAGGGUGGGCGUAUGGCGAAGCUGUAG